UCUGGCGUGGCUGAUGCUUACAGGGAAUGGUGGAGUGAUCCCAUCUUUAAAGACCAAGCCCCGUUCCUGUAUCAGAUCCAUGCGUGAAGUGAGGCUGCGCACAUCUCCAUUCUCCAUCUCUGCUCUGCCGGCCUUCUUCUCUUCUUCCAUUUUCUUCCGAAUAGAGAUCCCUACCUGCCCAUGGGAGACAGGGCAUCCCCAAUCUGUCUUUCCCGUAUCCGUACCUGUCGUCCCGAAUUGAUCCAACGUAAUUUUAGAAGAGAGUCGUCCGAACCAGGCCGUCCUUGUAAUCACGCCCCCUGAUCUACAGCCAGGCCCGAGACGGAUUGCCCAAUCACGGAGAUCUUCGACAGGGUCGAUGGAGGCCUGCGGGGUGUUCUUCUUUCAGCCCCUCCCCCUUUGGCCAUGUACUGGAGGGCUUCUCUGUGGAGAGACGAUGUCAUGAUUGUGAUCAGAGCUGACCCAGCAUGGCGAUCCCCCUCCCCUUGAGAGAGAAACUCCAUGAGCCUAUUCGGGUGUCUGCACCGAGUGACGCAGUCCCCCCUGGUCCCCCGUCUGUCUGACCAUUCUGUGAGCGACAUCCUCGAGGGGGGAAAAGAUUGAAAAGGGCGGUUCACCACCCAGUCUUGCAGUCUUCCUGUCUCUCUUUCUCUCCUUAGUAUCUCCGAUACCAAUACACUCGCUAAUACCUUCAAUACUGUCCCGUGCUUUCUACUUUUCUCCUUGCCCUUCUAUCGUUUACUCGUCGUCACACUCGCUCACUCACCUGAGCAAGGAGCACCACUCAGUAUGCGCUACUCAACCGUCACACUACUCGGCCUCGUGGCCGUCAGCUCCGCAACAUGGGACGGUCAGUUCAGCUACCCUCCCGGCAUUGACCCCAUGGGCCUGAGCAACGGCAACGUCGAGUUCAACAUCAAGACCUUCGGCCCCUUGACGGGCCCGCCGGCGGGCUGCAUCUCCGUCUGGCACCCGCCGCACCCGGACGUCUACAUCGACGACUGCAAUAGCGACAAGGAGCACGGCUGGCACUGGGUCCACCCAGGCAAGCCCAAGUGGUGGAAGCACCCGGGGAAGGACAAAGACCACAAGAAGCCCAAGAAGCCCGGCCACGACAAGCCCAAGCACCCUGACCAGCCUGACCAGCCGUGCGACAAGUGCGAUCAACCUCAUCAACCCGAUCAACCUGAUCAGCCUGACAAACCCGAUCAACCUGAUCAACCCGAUCAACCGUACCAGCCCGAGCAGCCUGAGCCCACCACCACCCCACAAUGGAAGUGGACAACCUCAACCAUCACCCAGACCGCCAUCUCCACCAUCUACAGCUGCCCGCCCAGCGUCACCAACUGCCCCGGCAACGGCGGUGGCACCCAGUACGAGACCGUCACCGUCCCGGCCAUCGUCACAAUCUGCCCCGUCCCCGUCGAGCCCAUCCCGGGCCCGACAUCCCCGCCCGCUGCUCCUCCCCCCGCGCCCACAGCACCAUCAGCCGAGCCCGUCCCCAGCGCACCCUCACCUCCCGAGACUCUCUCCUCUAUCGUCAUCCCGCCCCCCGUCUCUUCUGGCCCGGCCGAGGUCCCCCCCGUGCCGUCGAGCCCGCCUGAGGCUCCUCCCGUCACGACCACCAGGCCGAGCGUCGGCACCAUCACGAGGCCCAACCCGACUGCGACCUCGGGCCGCGCCGUCGUCACCGCCGGCGCCGCCCAGAACGUCCAGCGCGCGGGCGGUGUCGUUGUCGCCGCCGUUGCCGCCGUUGCCGCCUUCAUCUAAGGACUAUUCCCUCAAUUUCUCUGGCUUUUGCUC